AUGGAAGAAUAUGAAUAUGAUGUAAUAAUAUAUGGUACAGGAUUAAUAAAUUGUUUAAUUGGUUCAAUAUUAACUAAAAAUAAUAUUAAAAUAUUACAUAUUGAUAAAUAUUCUGAUUAUGGUAAUCAAUUUAGAUCAUUAAAUUUUAAACAAUUUUUAUUACAUAAUUAUUCCGUAACGGGGUCUCCCGUAACGGUGCUUGGUCAAGCAGAUACUAAUGGACCUGAGGUUACUACUGAUACUAAGGUUAAUACUAAUAUUAAUAAUAUUACUGGUAUCAUUGGACCAACCUCCUUUACUGAAGAAAAUUCUACUACUAUUGCUGCACCUAAAGUACUUACUUCACCCUUAGGUACUAACUCCCAUAUUACUACUACUAAUGAAAUUGCCGUUGUAACUAAUUCUAGGGAGUCAAGUACUUUUACUGAGGAUACUAAUAUUGAGAAGAAAAAUAUUAAUGAAAUUGCUGUUGUCACUAAAACCAGGGAGUCGAGUACUUUUUCUAAUACUGAAGAAAAUUCUACUAAUGAAAUUGCUGCUCCUAAAGUAACCACUAAUAUCCCUCGAAAGGGAGCUAAUUCUAUGCCUAUAGAGUGUACUACUAGUAAUAGUAGUACUAAGGGUGAGGGAACCCCUUUCGGGGCUGGUUGCCGUGAACCUGACCCCGUAACGGAGUAUUUAUCAAAAAAAAUAUUACCAUAUAAAAAAAUAAAUAAUGAAGAAAGAAAGAAAAUAUUAAAAGAAAUAUUAUUAGAAAAUAAUAAAUAUAAUAUAGAUAUAUAUCCGAAAUUUUUUAUAAAAAAUUCAUUCUUUAGUAAAUUUUUAAUUGAAACUAAUUUACAUAAUAAUUUACAAUUCUGUACUAAUCAUAAUAAUAAUAUAUUUUUUAUAUCAAAUUCCUCCGUAACGGUGACUGGUCCUACAGAAAAUACUGAAGAACCUAACAAUAUAACUGAAGAAAAUUCUAAUACACAAAUUGCUGCUAAGGGAUCUACUAGUGAGGAUACUAAGGGAUCUACUGGUAUUAAGGAUAGUAAGGAUAUUACUACCAUUGGAGCAAGCACCGUAACUGAGGAGGAAAAUUCUAAUACAAUUGCUGUUGUAACUAAAUCUGGGGAGUCUAAUACUUUUUCUAAUACUGAAGAAAAUACUAAUGAAAUUGCUGCUGUAACUAAAAUUGGGGAGUCAGAUACUUUUAGUACUAGUAAGGAUACUGAGGGAGAGGGAGUUGGUGAGGAACUCCCUUUCGGGGAAGCUGUUGGAGCAAGCACCGUAACGGACAUAAUGGAAGAAUUAGUAUAUGAUAAAAAUAGUAUAUUUCGUUGUAAAUAUUUAAAUUUAAUAGAAAAAAGAUUAUUAUAUAAAUUUUUCAAUCAUAUUUCCUCCGUAACGGUGCUUGGUCCCACGGCCACUAAUGGACCUGAGGGUAGUACUACUACUAAUACUACCAUUAGACCAAGCACCGUUACUGACGGAAAGGGAGCUAAUUCUACCCUUAUGGAGUGUACUACCGAGGAAAAUCUUAAUGAAAUUGCUGCUGUAACUAAAACUGGGGAGUCAGGUACUUUUUCCUUGGAUAAUAAGGUUACUAAUACUAAGGGAGAUACUACUGUAAAUACUACUAAGGAUACUAGUACAGUUGGAGCAAGCACCGUAACGGACACCGUAAUGGAAUCCUGGAAUGAAUAUUUGAAAAAAAAUAAAUUAAAUAAAAAAUUAAUAAAAAUAAUAAAUAAUUGUAUAUUAAUAAAUAAUAAAAAUAAUAUAAAUGAAAAUAUAAAAGAAAUAAAAAAUUAUUUGAAAAUAUUUGAAAAAGAUAAGAAUUUUCUUAUAUAUUUUCUUUAUGGUAUUAGUAAUUUAAUACAAAAUAUUUCUAGACUUUCUUCUAUAUAUAAUUGUCAUUUUAUGCUUAAUCAAUUUAUUAACUCCGUUACGGUGCUUGCUCCCACGGCUACAGAUGUACCUGGUACUAAGGAUACUACCAUGGGAAAGAGAGCAAAUGACACUUUUACUGAAGUAAAUUUGAAUAAUAAAAUUGCUGCUGUAACUAAAACUGGGGAGUCAAGUACUAAUAAUGAGGGAGAGGAAGUUGUUAAGGAAGCCCCUAUCGGGGCUGAUGGUGAGGAUACUAAGGUUGCUCGUAAUACUGGUGCCGUAGGACCAAGCACCGUUACGGAGGAGAAAAGAAUAGAAAUAAUAUUAGAUGAUUAUAAAAUAUAUACAAAAUAUAUUAUAUCAGAAUAUGAUAUUAUUAAUUCCAUUACUCCCGUUACGGUGUCUGGUCCAUCAGACAGUACUACUACGGGAAAGGGAGCUAAUUCUAUGGGUAUGGAUUGUACUACUACUAAUAGUACUAAGGAUAGUAAUACUAAGGAAGCCCCUAUCGGGGCUGUUGGUGGUACUGAGGGAACUGGUGCCGUUGGAGCAAGCACCGUAACCGAAGAAGAAAAAAUAAUAAUAGUAUAUAUAAUAAGUAAUAAAAAAUUAUUAAAUGAUUUUAAUUUAUGUAUUAUUUUAUCCGAUGAUGAUUCUUCCGUUACGGUGACUGGUCCACCAAACAGUACAGUUGUACCUGGUACUACGGGAACUAACAGUACUACUAAUGGUACUACCACAGGUACUCCUACUGGUACAGGUACUAAGGAUAGUAGUAAGGGUAGUACUAUUAGUGAGGAAAAUUCCACUACUCAAUUUGCUGCUCCUGGAAAGGGUACUAAUGGUAGUACUAGUGAGGGAACUGGUACCGUUGGACCAAGCACCGUAACGGAAAAUAUAUAUAUAAUACAAUUAAAUAAAGAAACAUAUAAUAGUCCAGAAAAUAAAUAUAUAAUAUAUUUUAUAACAAAAUAUAAAGAAAAUAUAUUAAAUAAAAUAUUAAAAUUAUAUAAUAAUUUAGGUAAUGAUUUAAAUACUAUUUUAUAUUAUACUUUUAAUUUAUUUAAUAUAUUUAAUUAUAUACAUAUUUUUUCCACCAAUACGGUGCUUGCUCCAAUGGUGUCAGGUCCAACAAACAGUACCAAUACCCCGGGAAAGGGAGCUAAUUCUAAGGUUACAGAGUGUACUAAUAAGGAUACUAAGGAAUCUUCUUUCGGGGGUGGUACUAAGGAUAUUGGUGCCGUUGAACUAGACACCGUAACGGAGAUAAAUGGAAUAAAUAUAUAUAAAUAUAAAUAUAAAAAUAAUAUAAUAUUAUUAACAAAUGAAUUAAAUAUUUCUUAUUAUAUUUCACAAAUUUUUUUAUCAAUUUAUUAUUCCAAUACGGUGCUUGGUCAAACCAACAGUACUACUAAUAGUACCUUAACUACUAGUAAUACUACUAGUGAGGAUAUUAGUACCAUUGGACCAAGCACCGUUACUGAGGGAAAGGGAGCUAAUUUUAUGGGUAUGGAGUGUACUAUGGGAAAGGGAGCUAAUGGUAUUAAUACUGAGGAAACUAGUAAUAUUAAUAAUAUUAAGGGAACCCCUUUGGGGGUUAAGGGAGGUACUUUUGGGGUUAAGGAAGGUACUUUUGGGGUUAAGGAAGUCCCUUUCUGGGCUGGUGACGUUGGAGUUGGUUGCCGUGAUAUUGACCCCGUAACGGAGGAAAAAAUAAUAGAAAAUUAUUUAAAAUAUAAAAAUAUUGAUGAAGAAAAUAUAGAUAUAAAUUGUGAAUUUUUAAAUGAUUUAAUUAAUAAAUUUAUAUUUUAA